AUGAAGAGAACGAGGGUUGCCGACGACGUCGACUCGUUCUCGCGAACGUCGGUGUUCGCUAGGGGCAAUGUGGGCAGGUACGACACCGAGCUCGACAGUGACGUGAAGCUAAACUUGGUCUUCGUGCCGCACAUGUUCGCCCUGCCUCCGGUCUUUUUCGACGAGCUGUCCGGGGCCAGCUACGCCAAUAUCGCGAUGCUGGGUGUCCAGAUGGCGCGACAGAUGCUGCGGCUUCUCGUUAAUGGGGUGGUCGCCUCAGCGUCGUGGUCGAAACAAACGAUUACCGCUUACGAAGAGCUGAAGAAGUGCUACGUGAAUUCCUCGUUCUCCUUCCACGGGCAGCUGGAUGACGAACAGUUCGGCGAUGCCAUCGCGGCGGCCUUGGCGAUCCGAUACGACGGUCGUUCAGCGAGUCGUCCCCGCCUUAACCGCUUCGGGGGCCCAGCAAAGGUCAGUGGCCUCGGUGGACCUGCGCAGGGCUUCCCUCUGACUCCUCUCCUACGUGGCUCGCGACCGCGCCGUACUAUACGUUCGAAAAUCAUGGCCGCUCCUGGUGGGUCGCCCCGGCCUCCACCCCCGGGCUUUCCCCCGGGCCCGCCGGGUUUGCCAUCGUGCGGCUCCCCCGGCGUGCGGCCCGGUUUCCCGAUGCGGCCUACCGGACUGACGCCUCCCGGUGGCUCGCCUGGCCGUGGUCACCUACCGCCCGGUGGCUUGCCUGGCCGAGGUUUUCCGCCCGGAGCACCGCCUGGAAGGGGUCUUCCUGCUGGCGUCCUGCCUGGAAGGGGCCUGCUGCCUGGUGACUCGUCCCUGCGACCCGGCUUCCCGCCAGGUCCCAGGUCCACCGACGGGUCUCACGCCUCCGCGUCCGCCGGGCUUCCCUCCGCCGCCCCCGCCCGGGCCUGA